AUGCGAAGAGAAGAGCCUCUCUUGAGCCGUGUCUGGGUCCUCCAGGAACGUGUCCUGGCACGCCGCACGGUACACUUCGCGAGCUACCAAAUGCAAUGGGAGUGCUCAGAGCAAGUCCUUACCGAAGACGGAUACAUCGAAGACUAUAAAGCAUGUGAAGAGAUCUCGCUGGAACGGAUCGCCCAGGGACUCAAGAGCAUGAAGGACGCGCCAGUGCUCCGAGACACUCAACGAUCUCAGAACGCAGAGGUCACUUGGAGGUUCAACCCGGCAUGGCGCGUAUGGUCGCGCUUGAUCGAAGAGUACACGUCUCGCAACAUGACCUUUCAAACCGACAAACUACCCGCACUUUCUGGUGUCAUAUCGGCGCUACAGAAGCUCACUGGCGACGUCUGCCUUGCCGGUAUCUGGAAAAGCUGGUUCCUUCAAGGCCUACUUUGGCGCCUGCAGAUACCCGACUGGGACGAAUACGUCUUCUUUCCCAAGAUGCCACAGCGAACCGACGCUUGGAGAGCUCCGUCAUGGUCAUUUGCGUCUGUUGAAGGCGUCGUAGUCUAUAAUGCGCUUGACCACGAUCCUGGCCGGGAGACAUGCGCGGAACUGCUGGAAUGCGACGUUUGCCCCAAGGGAGUCAAUCCACUCGGAGAAUUAACCACGGGAUUUGCGAAGAUCAAGGCACCGGUCGCUUCAGUGUUCGAUGUAUCGCCCGAGGUAGAAGAGACCGGAAGAGGAUGUAAAGUCCGCAUGACGAACGGCAGACUUGCAGAAGGUAGUGCAUAG